AUGAUGACUACGGCUAGACCCACAUGGGCACUUGCUAAAGGUGGUAACGAACAAUGUGGUACUCGAAUUUUUGGCCCACCUCAGAAAUAUUGUUCAAGGGACAGUGCAUCUCACACAACCCUAAAGCCAAGGAAGGAAGGGCGAGACACCCAUGAGGAACUGCAGAGGAGGAAUCUCCGUGAGAAGUUGCAGGAUCAUGAGAGGAGGCAUUUCUCUUCAAAGGAUAAGGCGUUUAUGGGUAAAUGA